AUGGCGUACCAAGGUCAGUCCAGAUUGAUUGAGGACCAUCCUAUUGGAAGCAAUCUCGACGCUUUUCGCAAUUCUUUCACCUCCCUAUGUAAAGAUAGAGCCAUCUUGCACUCGCCUGAUCCGCUUGCUCACCUUGCCCAUGAAGGCCGCGGCUCUCUCCGAAACGAUCCUCUCAAACUCAUAUCCGCGGUUGCCUCCGAUGAGUUCGAUUUUGGCCGCGCCAACCCCUUGUUAAAAUCCGCGCUCGCCGAUGAGCUAGACGAUAUCCUCAUUUGGAAUAAAGUUUACAACGCCGUCAUCGAACCCACUCCACCCCCCGUCCAGUAG